ACUGGACUGGGUGUGCUAAGUAUCCUUCAUAGCACAAGCAUGAAUCAUUCCAGCCAUUGCGUGAGCUGUGGGGUAAAAAUCUGUCCUUUAAAAGCAGCAGACGAUUAACUCCAACAAAACAUUAGCUUAACUUCUCUGGGAACACACACCAACCUCAAGACAUGUCUAAGCUGGAGAAAGCCAUUAUUGCCAUAGUGGAGGUGUUUGAGGAAUAUGCAGGGACAGAUGAGCAGAAAACCCAACUCAGUAAUGCUGAACUUGGACAGCUAAUCAAAGCCCAAAUUACCAGUCCCGAAUUUAAGGAUAAAGUGGAUCCAGACAAUAUUAAGGAGGCCAUGGAUGAACUGGAUAAGAACCACGAUGGUGAAGUGAACUUCCGUGAAUUCAGUCAGUGUAUUGCUGGCCUAGCCAAGGCCUACUAUACAAAGAAGCACGGCAAGGAUAAGUGCAGAGGAAAGGGCAGGGGUUGUCAGGAUAAAUGAACACACAUCCUUACACUCCUGAUGCACUAGACACUUGCCUUCGACAAGGUCACAAAGUACCUCUCUAUAAUGUGUAAUGAUGUUGCAAUUUUAUAUGCUGUAAGACAGGCGCAGUUAAAAAAAAAAAAAAAGGUUUAAAUGGAUGGAUAGUCUUUUGUAAUGCCAUUUAGUAGCUAAUGUAGUAAUCAUUUCUCAACAGACAUAGUUGUGAAAAAUGCUUGCCCUGCCUAACGAACAAUCAAAUUUACUUAGACACACAUUUUGCAGUAGUGUAAUCUAUGUUUCUGAACACCAAUAAAAACUUCUUGUCAUCA